AUGUAUUUAUCAGAUUUGGUUGAGUCAAGGUAUGUUUAUGGCGGUGGAUGGGGUGGUUCAGCAGGAAGCGGUUGGAGCAGUUCUCCGGCUGGUAGUUUCGGAGGAUCUUCGGCAAGUGGCUGGGGUGCGGCUCUCACGAAUCCUCGUCAAGCACAGCAUUCUAGCGCUGGUGGAUGGGAUGGUUCGUCGAGCAGUGGUUGGAGCAGCUCUCCGGCCGGAAGUUUCGGCGGUUCAUCGGCCAGCAGUUUGGGUGCAGCGUUGAACGCACUUCGUCGUGCCCUCUACUUUGCAGCCUAA